AUGGUCCCGAUAGGGCUUCCUCCUCCAGUCUCCCCAGAAGAGGGUGGCUGCGACCCUCGGUGUCCCAGGCAGGGCUCUUCGCUGCAGCCUGCCCGUCGCUCCUCGGGUCACACACCUCGGGCCCCACGCAGACCUCCCCAGGUGUUCCGCCCCCGCCGGCGCGAGCCUGCAGACCCCGUUCCUGGUGGCCGAGGGCGCGCGAGCUCACCUGACACUGGCUCCGCAGCGAGGGACGAGUUCUCAGGCGCGCUCGCACCGCUCGGUCCGGCGACCUCCGCGGGAAACCACGGUUCUGAAAACAGCCCGGAUAUGACAGCCAGCCAAAUACGGGUUGAGAGCUGCUGCUUCUCCGUACACCCCUCCCCCGAGGAUCAGGUCUUCAUGCUUGUGCCACAUCGCUGCCGCCGCGUCCUCACGCCCUGCCCAGUUCCCGGGAGCCAGGCCCUUGGGCUUCCCCAGGGGCGGCACGCAAGGCCCCUUUGUCUCCUGCCCAUCGGGAAGGACGCGGCAGGAGUCGGCGCGGGCUGGGCCCCUGGAGGCCGGCUUGAGCGCCUGCGAAGGCAGGAGGAGCCCAGGGUCUUCAGAGCGCGCUCAGACAGCGCCCCUUUCCCGCUUUUGUUAGGCCUGUGAGAUUCAAACCCAAGAACCUGAACCUUGUACCUGACACAGGCUUCGCUGUGGGAACUGCCCACACGCCCCCUCUGCAGGCGCAUUUCAAAGGGGAGUAAGUCCUUUUGGAAAGACAAUUCUUUCUUUUCAUGCCUUGAGAGCCAAAGUCCUCUCAGAAUCUAACCUGACAGACUUGGUAUCCGAGGCAGGCAGAGAGCCUUGACCAUAAAUACCACAUCAGGGAGAAAGCAGGAUUUCGCACAAGACAGGAGCGUGCACCUGUCUGUCCCUGGUGCUUUCCAGGGUGGCCACUGUCACAGAACCGGCUUCGCAUCCCAUUCAGUGCUGCUGCUUCCUUUAUGACUCCUGGAGAGACAGCUGGCCACACUCCCCAGUCAGAAGGAACACUGGGGCGCCAUCGGCACCUCACACACGGAGCAGCCCAGAGCAGCACGCGCACAGCCCGACCCCAGGCUUCCUGUCCCUGCAGGAGCAAGUGAGUCCAAGUCUGCAUACCAGCCCUGCCACUUCCUGUGUUUCCUGCAUCUCCUGGCAUGAGACCUGCAGCCGUGGACUGCUAUUAAUCUAUUCUGAGUAAGGAGUGAAUGCUGGAACCUCCAGUCCUGGGUAUCUCGGCCUUUGUGCAACUAGUGUUAUUUUUGUUUUUCCGUCUCCCAUUUCUUCUGCUAUCAGCUCUCUGUUCUGUUCCUUCAGCCAAAGUCCUUAUGCUCCCAAGGGUGAGGAUUGUAGAGAAAGCUCAAGGAAGAUAUUUCAAAUAAGGGACACUCAAGCUGCGCAGAAUGAGAUUAAACCAAAACAAUCAAGUUUAACUUAUUUUGGAACAACUGUGCUAGAACAAGAGGCAAAGGGGGCUCAAGAGCCAACUUCAUUUAAAUUAUAGAGGUUCUGUGUCAUGAAGCUUCAGUUCCAUACGUGUUUUGUACAAGUGCUCACCAGGAGGGGCACCUGGGUGCUCUGUCUCAGUCCCUGGAGUUGAGGUUUGUGUACACUAAUUCUGCAGUUUAGACUUGGAGAAGCGCUUGU